UGACAUCUCUAUUUAAGAACACAUUGAAAAGCUUCCAAUUGCUAAAUUUUGAACCAUGUUACUUAUAUUUCAUUCAGAUGAGACUUCAAUUCACAAAUGAACUGAAAACUGCGUUUGACAUGAGUACGAGUCAACAUCACUCCUGUUUCCAAGGCCGGACCAUAUAUAAACUGUUUUCAAUUUAAAAUGAAAUAAUAUAAAACUAAACCGUUUGGGCAAAAAUAUAGAAUAUAAAAAACAAAUGGAUAUGCACCAAAACUUUGUUGAGAGUAGCGGACCACAAUCUCGAUUAUAUGUGUUUAAUCAGAUUUUUGAGGCAGAAAGGAACGUAAACUUUGGACGAUAUCUGGAACUUUUUCAAAAAAUUUAUGAGGCCAGCCAACAAAACAGUUUUUUAGAAUUCUGGACUACAAACGGAGAUAGUAUUGUUUCUGAGGAAUAUUGGCGGGAGCAUGAAGGUGGACAAAAAUCUGUCGAUUCCAGCGAGACCGACCCAAUAAUUUGCGAAAAUUCCGAAAAAGCAGAUUAUAACUCUGCAGAGAAUAAUCUACUUUGGCAGCAGUACUACGAAAAGAUAUAUGUUGAGCAAUAUCAGGUGUUUGCCAUAAUUUUUUAUGAAUAUUACAAACACUUGCACAAAUCUUUAGAGGCAAAAGACAUUGAAAGUUCGAAAUGUACAGUAAAUGAUCAAAAUCAACUUAUUAACGAAAGCAUUGUUGACGAAUUUCAACAACUCCAACUACUUGGAUUGCCUACCUCUUUUGGUAAAAACCAAAGGAAUAACAAAACGAAUACAAAAAGGGAAACAAAACAGCAUAAUAUUUGCAGCGGAUUUUUUUCGGACGAGGAGGACUAUAGUGGAAUCAUGGAUACGAUAGACAACCCUGAAUUGCAAGUAAACAAUCAAAAAGACUUGAAUGAUAUAGAGGAUGCAGAGGAUAAGACAUCAAUUUAUGCUAUUAAAAAGAAAACUAUAGAAAAGAAAAAGAAGAACCGCAAGCUGCGAAAUGUGCCUGAAUUCCUUCUUGAAAACAAAGGUAUGUUAAAGUACUGGCGGAAACGUUUCUCACUCUUUUCACGGUAUGAUGACGGCAUACGUUUAGACUGUGAAAGCUGGUUCUCAGUAACACCGGAAAAAAUUGCGAUUCACAUGGCUGACCGCCUAGCUUGUGAUUUAAUCAUAGAUGCCUUCUGUGGUUGCGGCGGUAAUGCCAUACAAUUUGCACGUACCUGCAAGCGUGUUGUGGCAAUCGAUAUCGACCCAAUAAAAAUAAGCAUGGCAAAGCAUAAUGCAACGAUUUAUGGUGUAGCUGAUAAAAUUGACUUCAUAGUUGGAGAUUUUCUUCAAAUAGGUCAGCAUGGCCAGUUUCAAAGCGAUGUAAUUUUCUUAAGCCCACCCUGGGGCGGACCAAAGUAUAAGCGAAAGACGGAUUAUGAUAUUGAAAAUUAUUUGCAGCCUGCAGGUGCGACAAAAUUGAUGGAAAUCGCUAAAACAUUUAGUGAUAAUGUUGUUCUAUAUUUACCACGAAAUGCUCACAUUAAGCAGGUUGUAAAAUUAGCGGGCGAAGGCAAUCGAUGUGAAGUGGAGCAUAAUUAUUUAGAUUCUCGACUUGUGGCAAUUACUGCGAUAUAUGGAGAGAAUAUAUUAAAGUCGAAAGAUUUAUAACAUAAGAACAAAAUCCGAUUAUUUUUAGAAUAGAAUAUGAUAUAUCAAAAUAGUUUUACUGCAAACAAGUAGUGUGUUUCUAUGUAUUAAUAAAAAAUUAGUACGUAUGUAUACAGCGGCCAACCACAACUUAAACCAAAAGAUAAUAAUAAAAAUAAUUUAUGUACGUAA